GAGGACUUUUGUUAAGUGUAUUUUUAUGGGUUUAGCCGGACACUAAGUGCUAAUAGCCACUCUAUGGUAAGAAGAAGAGUGGGAGUUUUAAGUGCACCAUUUUUUUUUUUCUCACAGUAUCCCAAAUCACACAUGAACAUAUUAUUUUGGGCAUUGUAUUUCAAUACAGGCAUCAUAUUUAGUAUAUUUCUGAUUUUAUGAAUUUAGCUAGUGAACAGCUAAUUGGACACACAGUACUCAUUUCAGAGGAAGAAAGCCAUCGGAAGGAAGCACUGAUUAUCUUCGUUCUAAUAAAUUGAAAUUCAGGGGCAGACUUCAUAUGAAAAAUUUAAUUACCUCACUCUUCACACUUGUUCAGCCCCCAGACUCAGUUUUUAAUAAGUAUGUUAAUAUGGCAGUGUUUUUGGCUUUUAUGAACAUUUUUUAUGGGCUUAACUGACAGUUAUGAUUAUCACUUCCCCUUUAAGUAUAGGUAUGUUGAGGAACAUUUAAAUCUUAGCUUUUACUUCACAUAUUGACAAAGACAGUGUAUUAAUUAAAUGCCAAGCCUGCGUGUGUUAGUUAUCUCUAGUGCAUACUAAGGUUUGAGGGUUUUCUCUGUGACCCCCUCUCCUCCGCCCAGCCUCCCUUAAGAACAAGUUCCUGGAUUCUACAAUAUUUCUCUUUACUGGGAUGGAUGGAGGUGAGAACCUAUUGUUUAAGCUUUUCUUACUUCCCUUACGUCUUUUCGUUCUUCAUUUUCCUUUUAUCUCUCUUUUUCCCCCCUUUCUCGCUCUCUCUGUCUCUGUUUUUUGUUUUUUAAUUUCUCGUAAAGAACUGUUCCUGCCCUCAUUGAUGGCUGACGCGACGACCUAAGUAAUGCUUUUUUUAAUUCAAAAGCCCUUUUAGCUUCCAGACAUAAAAGUACUCCAGCUGCAGCGUCACCCCAUCCCCCAGUCUCAGGAUUCAAGGGCUUUCCCCCCUUGGCUUCCACCAGCAGCCCAUCAGAGCAGGGCUGAGACUGUGGUCCACACCACUUGGCGCCCCUCACCCGUCACUAGUUUCUACCUGGUCUCCUUCCCAGUCUGGUCGUCCUGUCUGACAAGUGCCAUCAGCAGCCCUGACUUUACUUGAAGAAACGAGGGCUUCGCAUAAUUCACCCAUUCAAAUAUCCUCUUUGGAGGACUGUUGCUAUUGCGCAAGGGUGCAGGAGGGGGGUUGGGGGGGGGGGAAAAGCCCAAAACACCUAAAAACAAAACCAAAAAACGCAACUUUCAGUGCAGUCAGAUCUUUUCUUCCUAACCUAGUCUACUCCAGUGAAGCACAGACGUACGUUGUUGAGGUGUUGAGGGAAAGCUAAGAGAAUGAAGGCUCUAAAUCCCCAGUGGAAGCAUGAUAUGGCGGAGCAGAGCUGGUGCUGAAUUGUUCUCUCUGAUGGCUCUAUGGGAGUGGAUAGCCUUGAGUCUUCAUUGCUGGGUUUUAGCGGUUGCUGCUGUUUCGGAUCAGCAUGCCACAAGCCCCUUCGACUGGCUCCUCUCUGAUAAGGGACCCUUCCAUCGCUCACAGGAAUACACAGAUUUUGUGGACAGAAGCCGGCAGGGAUUUAGCACAAGAUACAAGAUAUACAGGGAGUUUGGCCGCUGGAAAGUAAAUAACCUUGCAGUCGAGAGGAGAAAUUUCCUUGGCUCUCCUCUGCCUCUUGCUCCUGAAUUCUUCCGCAACAUAAGACUUUUGGGACGCCGACCUACCCUGCAGCAAAUCACAGAAAACCUUAUCAAGAAAUAUGGGACACAUUUCUUGCUGUCUGCUACUCUGGGAGGAGAGGAGUCACUCACAAUUUUUGUGGACAAGCGGAAGUUGAGCAAAAGAUCUGAAGGAAGUGAUUCCAGCACCAAUAGCUCUUUGGUCACUCUGGAGACGCUACAUCAACUAGCCGCUUCCUAUUUCAUUGACAGGGACAGCACCCUUCGGAGACUUCACCACAUUCAAAUUGCAUCCACUGCCAUAAAGGUAACAGAAACACGGACUGGUCCUCUUGGCUGCAGUAACUAUGACAACUUAGAUUCUGUCAGUUCUGUUCUGGUUCAGAGUCCUGAGAAUAAGAUUCAGUUGCAAGGGCUGCAAGUCCUCCUUCCAGACUAUCUUCAGGAGCGUUUUGUACAAGCGGCUUUGAGCUACAUCGCUUGCAAUUCAGAGGGAGAGUUCAUCUGCAAGGACAAUGAUUGCUGGUGUCAAUGUGGUCCCAAAUUUCCAGAAUGCAACUGCCCCUCCAUGGACAUUCAAGCCAUGGAAGAGAAUCUUCUUCGAAUAACUGAAACCUGGAAAGCCUACAAUGGUGACUUUGAGGAAUCAGAUGAAUUCAAGUUCUUUAUGAAAAGGCUACCCAUGAAUUAUUUCCUCAACACAUCUACCAUAAUGCAUUUGUGGACAAUGGAUUCUAAUUUUCAGCGCCGCUAUGAACAACUGGAGAACAGCAUGAAGCAACUGUUCCUAAAGGCGCAGAAAAUUGUACACAAGCUCUUUAGCCUUAGCAAGAGGUGCCAUAAACAACCCCUCAUCAGCUUGCCAAGACAAAGAACCUCAACCUACUGGCUCACUCGCAUCCAGUCUUUUCUCUACUGCAACGAGAACGGCCUCCUGGGCAGCUUUUCAGAAGAGACGCACUCGUGCACGUGUCCGAACGACCAGGUGGUGUGCACCGCGUUCCUGCCCUGCACGGUGGGCGACGCUUCGGCCUGCCUGACCUGCGCCCCGGACAACCGCACCCGCUGCGGCACCUGCAACACCGGCUACAUGCUGAGCCAGGGGCUCUGCAAGCCGGAGGUCGCCGAGUCCACCGAUCACUACAUCGGCUUCGAGACCGACCUGCAGGACCUCGAGAUGAAAUACCUGUUGCAGAAAACGGACAGACGAAUAGAAGUCCAUGCCAUUUUUAUCAGCAACGACAUGCGCCUCAAUAGUUGGUUCGACCCCUCCUGGCGCAAGCGGAUGCUCCUCACCUUGAAGAGCAACAAGUACAAGUCAAGUCUGGUCCACAUGAUCUUGGGUCUCUCCUUACAGAUUUGCUUAACUAAAAACAGCACCCUGGAGCCAGUGUUGGCUGUUUACGUCAAUCCCUUCGGAGGCAGCCACUCAGAGAGCUGGUUUAUGCCUGUGAAUGAAAACAGCUUUCCAGACUGGGAGCGGACUAAGCUGGACCUCCCACUGCAGUGUUACAACUGGUCGCUGACUCUGGGGAACAAGUGGAAGACAUUUUUUGAGACAGUGCACAUCUACCUGAGGAGUCGCAUCAAGUCAAACGGCCCCAAUGGCAAUGAGAGCAUUUACUACGAACCUCUGGAAUUCAUUGACCCUUCCCGGAACCUGGGUUAUAUGAAAAUCAAUAACAUUCAAGUGUUUGGUUACAGCAUGCACUUUGACCCUGAAGCAAUUCGGGACUUGAUUUUGCAGCUGGACUACCCCUAUACUCAGGGAUCCCAGGACUCAGCACUUUUGCAACUUCUAGAGAUAAGAGACCGUGUAAAUAAACUCUCCCCACCUGGUCAGCGUCGUCUAGAUCUUUUCUCUUGCUUGCUUCGUCAUAGACUCAAGCUGUCUACCAGUGAGGUGGUGAGGAUCCAAUCUGCUCUGCAGGCGUUUAAUGCCAAAUUGCCAAACACGGUGGAUUAUGACACGACCAAAUUAUGUAGUUAACCAUAAAUGUCAAGCACAACCCAAAAUCUUGAAGGAGUUUUUACAGUGCUUUUGUGGAACAGUUUAUGUUUGGAAGAGUACAUUUAAAUUGUCUUUUCAAUAUCUGUCUUAUAUCAGUCAAUAACAUUGGAUGGCAAUUUACACACAUGAACUUGCUGACAAUGAAUAUAUUAUACUGCAGUUUUGGUUUAUGAAUGAAAUAAAUACUGACACCAGUCUAGAAGACAUUCUACUUUUUACAAUAAAUUUCAUUUGUAAUUUUAUAUGUUCCGUGGCAAUGCUUUUGUGCAUUACAUCCUCUAGAGGAAACAUAAAAAGAUACCAAUAAAAUUUUGUAGCUGAACAGUUAUUAAAAAGAAGUGCUGUGGGAUUCCUUUUUUCCAUGAAAUGAGUUUUAUUUUGAUGUAGCUUGUUAGAACCUGGGGAAAAUUCACCAAGAGUUUUUUAACAUUUGAAGGUCCCCUUCAAUAGCCUUUAGAGAGAACCCAACUAGGUAGAAUGUUUAGUAUUCAGUUGUAUUUUCAUGAUCGACAGCAGAAUGGCAGUGGUACCUUUAUUACCUGUGCUUAUAAAUCAUUCCUAGAGACACCAUCAUUAUUAAAAUAAACAGAUAGACUAUUUCCCAACUAAAUAUGAGAACAUUCUGGCAAACAUAAAGAGUCAGUGUGAUUAGAAGCUCAUGGAGAAAGUAAACCCUUUAUUUCCUUAGCAACAUGCUUUGGUCUUGCUUUUCUUUCUAAAUUCUAAUAACCAAUAAUCAGCAUACUCUGAAUAAUCAUUUUCAUUUCAAGUACUGAAAACCCUAGUUAUUCCAGCACUUUACCAAAGUCAGUAAAAUAACAUUUCUAGAAUUCACAAGUUGUAAUGUGUUGGUAUAAAAUAAAGAAGCAAAUAAGUAAUUCAAAUGUAAAUAGACAUUUUGUUUUUCUCUCAGAGAAACUGCUAUUACUACAGUAUAUUUUGAAGACUAAACUCCUUCAAUAUAAAAUCUAUUUUCAUUCAGAUUUUUGGCUUGAAAUUUAAGUUGACCUCCCAUAUUACACAUGAUAUAAUAUUAGAUAUAUAAUUUGUACUUUUUUCUAGUAAUUUAAAUUGAAUUUUUGUUAGACAUAUAGCUGUAUCUGUAGUGUGGUUAUGAUAUUUGUCACUCAGCACUUGUCUAAAUAUUUUAUAAAUAUUUCUUUUUUUAAAUUUUUUCUCUUAACAUUCGUUUAUUUUUAAGAGAGAAAGUGAGAACACGAAUGGGGGAGGCACAGAGAGAUGAAUACACAGAAUCCUAAGCAGGCUCCAGGCUCUGAGCUGUCAGCACAUAGCCCAACGAGGGAAUUAAACUAUGAACUGUGAGAUCAUGACCUGAGCCAAAGUCGGUUGCUUAACUGACUCAGUCACCCAUGUGCCCUACACACAUUUCUUAUAAUUGAAACACUGUUCAGGCCAGCUUUCCUGUUGAUUUCAUGGAGUAUUUCUCAUGGCAUACAGAAAGGAACCUAUGACAUGAAUUAAAAAGAUAAGACUGAUGACACAAACAUUACACAGACAUUCUAGAUUCUUGGGCUGUUUGCUUUUGGUUCCAAAGCAUUUUAGACAACAGCUCAGACAGCAAAUGCUUAUUUAACUUACCAUAGGCAAGACAUUGUUUUUCCACCCACUGAGAAGGAGCCAAGAUGGCAGAACAACAUGGAAGUUUUUUGUGUUUUUCCACCCAUUGUUAUCUGAGUAGCUGAUUAUCUUUCAUUUUUCACCUAAUUUUUUCUGCUAUUGAAUAAAAAAAAUACACACCUAUAAAUGCCGUAUUUCUGGUAUCAUAGCAGGCAUUCUCUUCAUUUGAUUCUGACAAAACCACUAGGUUAUGGAUUAUUAUACCCAUUUUCUUGGUAGAAAAAAACAAAAAACAAAAAAACAGGCUCAGUGUUGUUAGUCAAAUUCCUCAAGAUCACAAACCAAGAAGUUGAAAGACCAAGACUCCAAGAUAGACUCUUUUGCAAUGAAUCUAUCUUCUUUCCAGUGCAUCACUGAGCUUUAAAUGAAUCAUCUUAUUUCUGUAUUUAAUCCCAUUAUAUGCAAAGACUUAUGGCAAAAUAAGAAUCAAUCACAAAAUUGAGGUCUAAGUCAUUAUAAAACACAUACUUUCAGAGUACAUUUGAACAAUUAAAUAAAACAAGAAUUUAUCAUCCCUCAUCAAUCAUCUACAGAAUGACCAAUCUUAUCAAAUAUAAACAAUGUGUUUCAAAAUAUAUUCACUGUAAAGUCAAGAACUGCCACUAGGACUUUUUCCAGAAGAGUCUUGGAGGCCCAGAUAUCUGGCCUCUGAAACCACCAAGCAACAUGCAUGGUCACCAAUGGACUCUGAACAGCAAUCACUCCUUGGAACAUAAGGAAAUUUGUCAGUAAUGUGACUUAUGGCUCAGCUCACUCUGACGUAGCUGGCUCAGGCGAGAGAAGAUUCUAGAAUCACAGGUAAGAAAGUACAUAACGAGACUAAGUCCUGGGACCUCUUGUGUCUGGUAUGAGUUGGCACAAAAGUCCCAUUGGAUAUGAUCAAAUUAUCUUAGUUCCAACAGUCUUGGUAACACUGUCAGUGAAUUCUUUAUAUCUCUGAGUCAGCUUUCCCCCUCAAGGUGGAAAAGUGAUAUGAAUGCAUUUCUCUGAAUGUUUUAUCUAAGGUAACAUAUACACUAUAAGUAAACACAUCAAGCAAAUUCUAGAGUGCUUUACAGAGUUAAGGGAUAAAUAAUCAGCAUACAUUUUUAUAUUUCUAUUUCUCAUGUGUUACCAGCUAUUAGAGAGUGUCCAGUAAGCAAUAGAAAAUAUAAUCUAGUUUAAUACAAAAUGUGUUUGCCAGUGUAUGGGGAAAUAGCCUGUAAACAUUUCAUUU